CGACGGGAAUAGUGCUCCAGAACUGUAAGAUUCUGCCGGACAAGACCUUGGAGCCGGUGAAGGCCCAGUUCAAGACGUACCUGGGGAGGCCGUGGAAGGAGUUCUCGCGGACCGUCGUGAUGGAGUCCACAAUCGAGGACAUCAUCCACCCCGACGGGUGGCUCCCGUGGCAAGGGGACUUCGCCCUCAAGACCUUGUACUAUGCAGAGUUCAACAACCAAGGCCCCGGCGCCAAGACCGAUGCUAGGGUCAAGUGGCCUGGCUACAAGGUCCUUGACAAGGAAGAGGCAGCCAAGUUUACAAUAGGAACUUUUCUAGAGGCGGAUUGGAUCGACAGCAAGUCGGUUCCUGUUCAUGUUGGCCUUUUUUGAUAUAACACAAAUCCAGCUUUCAUUUCAGCUCCCUCUUUUCUAUUUCUAUUUUUCUAUUUCUCUAUCUAUUAUUUAAUUCCAAUUCUAGUACUUCUAUCCCAUACACGUACGCUCCAACAAAA